AUGGAGGUGUUUGCACAUUUUCUCCUUGAAAAUCUAGUGGAGAUGAUUGGGUAUGAAGUGGCCGGUAGAGUUAUGCUUUAUUGGCUUCUUCCUGGUAAGCAUCUAUCAGACAAUGCACUUAUGUUGAUAAAUAAGCCUGAGCAUUCCUUGGAGAUGUGGGACAGUGUUCAAUGUGGAAGUAGGUAUCUGCAGACAACAAGAACUAGUGGUAUUGCAAAGAAGAAGUUAUCUCUUGAGAAAUCAGAUUCUGAGGGUGAUUCAGAUUCUGAUUAUGGUGCACAUUUGGAAGACUCUGACUUAGACAUCAGAGAUGGGGAUGAUGAUCUAUAUGAUGAUAACAUAGAUGAAGAUGAAGAUGAAGUAUCAGUGAGUAGUAAGAAGGAGAAGAAGGAUAAGAAAGCUGAGAAUGAUGAAGACCAAAAUUCUGAUAAGAAAGGAAAGGCCAAACUAGUGGAUGAUGAAGAUGAGAUGGUUGCUUUACACUCAGAUGAUGAUGUGGUUUCAUGGGAAUCUGAAGAUGAGGAAGAUGUGAAGUUCAAUUUUUAG